CUGCUGAUGCCGACACCUUCCGAAGCGCUUCUACAUUAACUGCGUGAGCGCGCUUCAGCCGCGGGCUUUAUCAUGCGCUGGCGCGCGGGAACUAUUGUCUAUCCUUGUAUGUGGGGAACAAUUUGACAGACGCACCGUUGCCAAGGAAACCGUUUCCUUCACAUAGGAAAAGUUUAAGUUGAAUAGCAUAGCGUUUAAUAGUCUUGUGUUUCAGAGCUACACAGUGCUAACUGUGAAGUAGACUAUGAAGACCUAUGAGCCCAAAUGGCUCAUUUUGUAGCUAGGUUGCUGCAAAAGCUAACGUUAAAGCUAGUGUAUUGUGUUGUACCAUGCAGUCAAAUGGGGACAGAGGACCGGGAGACCUUGAGACCCAGCUGGCUGCAAGAGUUCAAAAACUGGAGAGUUCCCUUAAAAAGGCUCAGGAGAAGUACACCUCCCUCAGAGGACGUUACCAGCAACUGAGGGAAGAUUUCCAGUUCAACUUGGCCAUCCUGGAUGAACGAGAUAGAGAGUUGGAGAGAUAUGAUGUCAUAACUGCGAGAGCUCUGACUGUGGAGCAGAACAGGAAGGGGGAGCUGAACCAGCUGCAUAUGCAGGUUGACACGCUGGAGAAGCAGAGAGCCAGAGAGACAGAGAAGAGGCAGGAGGAGCUCAGUAAACAUCUGCACAAUGCUGCUCAGCACAGGCGGCAGCUGGAUGAGCUCAAGUGCUCUAUGGCUGGUGAAAUUCAAAAGCAACAGGAGGAGUAUGAGAGGAUGAAAUGGGAUUUGAAUUGCAGGAUCCAAGAGUUGGAAGGAGAGCUUACCCUCCAAAGACAGGAGAUGACAGCAGCAUUUGAGACUGAGCUCAGACAGCGGGAACACGAGUUCAAUUUAAAACUGGAUGAGAUGCUCGCUGUGGUGCUGUCUCAUGAUGUCAAGAUGAUGCUGCUGUCAAAAGAGACUGAAGUUCACAGCCAAGCUCAGCAUCGGAACACAGAGGCUCUCAAAGCUUCUAAUGAGCUCUGUCAGCGGAUACAAACCCAGCUACUACACAAAGAACUGGAGAUUAAAGACCUCACUGCUGUCAAGGACUACAAGUUAAAGGAGCUUGAGGAUGAGCUGAAACGUAUCAAGACCAAGUGGAAGAAAGAAGAGGAUGACCACAUUAAGAAAUUUGAAGGUGUUGCCCGGGCUCUAAAGAAGUGUGAUGCGCAGCUGGAGGCUCAGUAUCAGACCCACAUAGAGCAGCUGCAGAAGGCUGAGAAACACAUUGUCAAACUACAGGGGAAUGUGAAAGUUCUUGCCGCACAUAUACGCCGCAUACAGAAAAAUCAUCAGGAGGCAUUGCAAAAGAGAGAUGAGGCAACCCAGAGGUACAAGGAACAACUGAGUGCUGGGUUAAAGAGAGAAAGAGCCUUAGAACAGAUGCAAGUCCAGGUUAAGCUGGAGUGCCAGAGAAGCUGUGAGGACAUGAAGGCCCAACACUACUUUGCUAAUGAGCAGCUAAUCCAAGACCUGACCCAGGCAAGAGACCAGGCUAUAGCCGAGCUAAAGGAGAAAGAACAAGGUCUGCAGGACUUGACUGUCUUGCUACGUUCUGUUAAAGCAGAGAGAGACCAGGCAGUACAGGGUCUCACGCCAAAGGUAGAUUCUCUGGCAUCAGAAGAGAUCCAUUGUCUCCAGCAGCAGAACAGCACCCUGCGGGCUGUGGUUACCCAGAUGAGGAAAGAGAUGGAGGGUCUCAUCCAUCUCCUACCACAUUCCCAGGCCCAGCUACGUACCUCCUCUCCUCAGCAAGUUCAGCUUCCAGGAGCACCUGCCACCACCUCCAUCACUCCUCCAGCUAAUACUCAGAUGCCCACAGCACCAGUCGCCCAAUCCACUGACAACUCUGUUAACAUCAGCCCAGCAGGUAGUCUGUGCCUGGGGAAACGUGCCAUAACCUCUGUUUUGGCAAAGGAGGAGUCCAGGGGGGCAGAACCUGCUCUCGCAAACCUAAAGGAACAGAGUGCACUGGUGCGACAGCUGCAAGAGGAGAACCUGUAUUUGCGGCGGCAACAGGCCUCAAGCUUGAUAUCGGGUGGUUUAGUUAAAAAUGUGCGGGGUGCUAAAGGCAACCCUCCUCUCUUGCGUACCAGGCUAAAGCAGGCAGCAUCUUGUAUCGCCCGGCUGAGCAGAGAGAAACAUCAGCUGAUAGAAAUGGGCAACCGCCUUCGUGCCCAGAUCACAACUGCUGGACUACAAGAACCAGUGGAGCCAGAGAGGGACACCUUCACGGAGACACAAGAAGACCAACAUGGUCGGCUGUUUGCUUUGGAACAGCUGCAGUACCAGCUCACCACACAGGAGCUGCAGUACGCAUUGAGGCAGAGGGCGUGCACUUUGGCUGAACAACUCCUAAUUGGAACCACCAACACAGAAGGGGCUGCCAACCCUUUGUUGAAGGGGCACAAAGCCAUAGACGGGCCUGAGAGUUCCAAAAACAAAGAGAACACAAUCAGCCAGUCACAGAGCUCGAUGGAAGUGGGGCUGCAGCGCCACUUAGGUCUGUCUAGGUCUUGGUUCUCAUCAGAGGAGUCACUGUGGGAGAUACUGGACCAGGGAUUCAGUCCAUCUAUUUUCUCAGAAGGUGAGGGUGAGCCGAGCAAGGGUGAGGUGACUGAGUCUAAAGGGGAUGGAGGCCAGAUGAUGUUGCUGCAUGGAAUCAGUGCUACCGUCCAUAGCCAUCCCCCCAGCACGGUCCAGCAGAGAAGGAUCCCUUCUAAAACACCAUCAAACACUACCAAGACCAGCAGACCUGGAUCCACUGGCAGGAUCUUCAAGAUCAGAAACUACAAUGUUAAAGACACUUUAUAGUAUAUAGAGUACAAUUAGUCAGUUUGCUUGUCCGGGGGAGUCCUACUUAGCAUUGUAUACUUUUAAUAAAUACAUAAUUUAU